AUGAAGGCUACUCCUCUCCUUAUCUCCUGGCACGACGACAACGCCCCCAUCUACUCCACUCACUUCGAUCCUCAUGGCAAAGGCCGACUAGCCACAGCGGGCAACGGCGAAGAGCGAAGAGUUACAUACCUUUCAACCCUCAUAAAGCACACACAGGCGGUAAAUGUUGUCCGAUUCAGCCCUAAAGGCGAAAUGCUAGCCUCCGCUGGGGACGAUGGUAACGUGCUGCUCUGGGUCCCCUCAGAACUACAGCCACAUGGAGGAGGCCUGAGUGAAGACCGAUCUGACGACAAGGAGACAUGGCGAGUGAAACAUAUGUGCAGAUCUUCUGGGGCGGAAAUAUACGAUCUGGCGUGGUCUCCAGAUGGUGUCUUCUUCAUAACAGGCAGCAUGGAUAAUAUCGCGCGAAUAUAUAACGCGCAAACGGGCCAAAUGGUUCGCCAAAUUGCAGAACAUUCACACUACGUCCAGGGGGUUGCAUGGGACCCUCUCAAUGAGUUUGUCGCAACUCAAUCUUCCGACCGAUCGGUGCAUAUUUACACUCUGAAGACGAAGGACGGACAGUUCACGCUCACAUCCCACGGCAAAUUUGUCAAAAUGGACCUCCCCGCCCGCCGCAUAUCCUCAAGUAGUCCAGUUCCCCCCGAUGUUCUUGGUCUUAGAACUCAAUCCUCAACCAAUGAUUCUCUAGCAAUAUCUUCACCUGUCCCUUCAGCCCCUGGAACGCCAAUGACUACAGCAUUGCCUAUGGACCCCCCGCCAGUAUCUCAUAGUCGUCGUUCUUCCUUUGGCUCCUCCCCAUCAAUGCGGCGCUCAGCAUCUCCAGCACCUUCCAUGCCGCUUCCGGCCGUGAAACCGUUGGAGGUAUCCUCUCCAGGUCUUAUCGGAGGGCUAGGAGUGAAAAAUGCUAGCAUCUAUGCAAAUGAAACAUUCACGUCCUUUUUUAGAAGGCUGACAUUUGCGCCAGACGGGAGCUUGCUUUUCACACCGGCUGGACAAUACAAAACUUCACACGGGCCCCACGGCGAUCCUCCUAAGACCAGUGAAGAAGUGAUAAAUACCGUAUAUAUUUACACUCGAGCCGGUUUUAAUAAGCCUCCAAUUGCCCAUCUGCCGGGGCAGAAGAAGCCGUCGGUAGCUGUGAAAUGCUCUCCUGUUUUCUAUGCGUUACGCCAGGGUACCAAGCCCACCCGACAUAUCACGCUCGACACAUCGUCCGGCGAAGACGCUUUCCCAUCACUCCCUGAUUCCGCACUUCCGGCCAUUACCCCAACAAAGAGCUCCUUUAUGGAACCCCCGCCUCCCUUAAACACCUCGACAUCUGACCUUUCUCGUCCUCUCACUUCUCCCAAGACCACUGAACCGGAAAUUUGUGCCGUACAAGGAGGGCCUAGCCCAGCCUUUGCGCUGCCGUACCGGAUAAUUUAUGCUGUUGCAACUCAGGAUGCGGUUCUAGUCUAUGAUACCCAGCAACAAACGCCAAUAUGCAUAGUGAGCAAUCUACACUACGCGACAUUUACUGAUUUAACUUGGUCCAAUGACGGCCUUACAUUAAUAAUGAGCUCAUCGGACGGAUUCUGCUCAACCCUGGCCUUCUCUCCAGGAGAGCUCGGCCAAAUCUACCGCUCCAGCACAAGCGAGAAGGGCCAGCAUGCCCAGCAUGUCUCCACUACCUCCUCCACAACCACCACCCCUCUGCCCACACCCACCUUCGCAACAUCUCCUUCCCUCUCCAAACUGAACCCCACAUUCUCAGCCCCUACACCCCCUUGCACAACAACUUCAACCACAACCCCCAUCACCCCGGCCCGGCCCACUAGCCCAACCGGUUCCGCAACCUCAUCCAUAACACAGGUCUCCACAGGCAUUCCUCCAAUUUCAACCUCAGCCUCCGGCCCGGGCUCUAAUUCUAACUGCACAGUCAUAAAUAACCCAACUCCCACACUCGGCUCCGUUCCAUCCGUAACAGCCACAAACUCCGCGCCACCACCGUUCCCACAAGCCGGCCUCCCGCUAAGCACUCCACCACAAACCCCCAUGUCCGGCGUCUCCCACAGCGCUACGAGCUCCGUCAGCGGCAGCGUGUUGGGAAAACGGGACAUAUGCGGCGUGAGCGAGUCUGAGAGGGACGAGGCCAGGGACAGCGGGCGUGGGGAUAAUGGAGCGGAUGCGGAUGGGGAAGUAAUCGCUGCUGUGCCAGCGGCGAAGAAGAGGCGGAUUGCGCCAACGUUGAUUUCUGGGGAAGACACGCCAACAGACGCACCUGCCCCGCCAACCAGUGCGGAAAAAUAA